UCAUUUGAUGUAAAUUAUGUAUCUGUGGAAAAAAUAACAUUAUUAUUUUGUUACUAGUUACAUCUUGUUUACAUUAAUACAACAGAAUACAUUGUAAUAGUAUUAAUACUCUGUGCAAUAGACCAAUAGUAAUUAUUUUUUUUAAAUGUAUAUUAUGAAGUAAUUAAUGAAAUUAUUAAACUAAAAAUAUUAACUUAUACAGAAUACAACACAUGCUUUUGUAUUUUUUAUAAGGAAACAAUUGGCAGAUAAACUAAUGUGGAAAGAAUUACCUAAUUUGCCAUCAUAUGUCCUACAAUUUUCUAAAAAAUGUAGUUAUCGUAUUCUAAUCACCGACUUCAUAAAAAUAUGGGAAGCUUCUUAUGGUGAAGACGAGUUUCUUAAUUGUCUUAAGGAAAGUAAUUUUGGCUUAGAAAUAAAUGCCAAUGAGCUCAUCGAAAAGGGAACACAAAUGCUUUUAAGUCCAAAUGACCUUAAAACUUUGCAUGUAUCACACAAGGACUCACUUCUGAAUGUACAUAUGAUUAGAGUCUAUAUUUACCCAUUACAUCUACAAAUAAAACUAAAAGAAGGGUCCGCGGAGUUGUUUUUCCAAGAAGUUACUCUUAAACUUCUCAAAACUAUCAAGGAUUUAAGAUGCAGCGAACAAGAGUUACGUGAAGUAUUAAAAAAGAAAGAGAAAGAAAUUGGUCAAUACAAAUCACUCGGAGGCAAAAUACGUUACACUUCUCUGCCACCCUAUAAAGAUGAGAUUCAUAUGGAAAAGCAUUCAACAUAUAACAGUAAUUUUGGUGACAUGAUGAUUCCAAAUAGUGUUUUGGAAAGAACAGUAAAUGUUUCAAGAAAUGUCUUGGAAGCAAAUACUGAUUGUAAGAAAGUUAUAAAACAAGAACCAGUUUCCCAAGAAAUAAUUUCUAAUGAAAUAACUAUAAAUCGAUUGAACGAAAUUAAACAAGAACCUAUCAAAACUGAACCACAAUCAAUAAUUCCGAUACGAUCUAAAAGGAAAAAAAUGUUGAAUCUUUAAUGGAAAAUGAAAUUAUUAAACAAUUUUAUUAUAAAAAAAAAAAACUGAAAGCUAAUUAGGAAGGCUGUAAUGUGAAAUAAAUUUUUAAAUUUGGGUUUAUUAGUCAAAUUAUAUUGUUUAUUUUAUUUAUUUGAUAAGUGGUGUUUAUUAAUUUUAAGCAAUGAAUUUUUCAUGACUACCCGAUAAACAGGAAUAAUUUAACAAUGUUGUAGUGUAUCGUAAUAUUUUUAAGAGCCUUAUAUAAGAUGAAAUUUAUAAUAAAUUGAUUUAAUUUUAUGUAGAAAACACUUUUCUUGUUAUAUAUAGGUAAAAAAAUAAUUAUAACACUUGUUAUAAUGUGUAUUUUCAGAGAUGUAAUGAAACAUACCUAUUAUUUUGAAUGUAUACUAAUAUGAUGUAAUCUGAUUUACUUCGCUGAUAUUGUAAAUGCUUUACUUUUUUUUUUAUAUGUUUAACCUUAAAGAAUUAUGGGUAUCAAAGAAGCAUAACCACUACACAUUUUUUAUUUUUGGUUCAUUUUAGACCUGAAAUUAAACAUUUUUUUCAUAAUUGCUAUGAAUGAAUAUAAAGUUUUGUAUUUAAAUUAUGCCUAUAUUUGUUAUUUCUCGUAUAAGUAAAAGGGUGCGGAAAAUA